CUUCCGCAGUCUGACGUUUUCUGAUGUCUGCGAUGUUGCUGUGAAAUCUCCACAGCUACUUUUACUUUAAUAAAACAUCCGAUAUGAGCGAGGUGCUUGCCGACAGUGGUGGUGCUGCAUCGGUGAGUGCCCGUCUCGCUCUGGAGUCACUUAUCUGACGGAGACACACGACUUCACACAGCAUAUUCAGCAAGGAUUUGACCUUUUCAAAGAUGCACCAACCUUUUUUGCGCCGCCUGGAAGUAUGAAUGGAGAAUGGGACGACUCACUGGCUCGUGAGUCAAUAAAGAAUGAGGAGGAGGAAGUCCAUGUAACGAAAAGAAGAACGGAGCCGCGCUUUACCGCGACUGAAGAUGAAGGACCCUCCAUUGAGGUGGUUGUUGACGAUGAGAAUCAGUUAGGCAGCAGGACGUUGACUAAAAUCCACAAGUGUCCGACAUGUGGGAAGUUUUUUAAUUCUGUCGCCACACUGAGGCGGCACAGAAAAAGUUGUGACCCUGUUGAGAGACCGGAUGAGAGGAACAAAGCUAGUGCUCUGUCAAAGACAAGGAAGGAAGAGGGGGAUAGCACGCCACCUGCUGGUGACAGUUCUGCCCCACAGUUGAUCUGCCCAGAUUGUGGUAAAGCCUUCACCUACGGGAGGAACUUUCAGAAACACCAGAACAUCUGUGAGGCCAUCAGUGCCCAGAAGCAGUCGUCCUCUCAAGGAGCCAAACAUGGUCGUGUGGAUGGAGCCAAAGACUCAUAUGAAAGUGGGUGGUCUGAGGAGUCGCUCGACGAACUUCCCAACUCAGAAAACCACUUUCGUCCUGUCGGGCAAAAAGUGUCGAGCAAACAUCAGCGGAAUAACUUAAAGUCUUCAACCAAAAAGGAGGAACGGGGUCCGAAAACUCCCGUCACAUGUGAGGAAUGUGGUCACAGUUUUGUUUAUCCCAAAAGCUUUGAGAAGCAUCAGAGCAAAUGUUCCAAAAGGACCUGUCGCAGGAAACGGACAAUGAAGACGGAGCAUGUUGCUAUUCACGGCUGCGAAUCGCUCAAACCGGAAGGCAACACUUUUACAUGCAGCUUGUGUCAAAACAGCUUCUCAGAUAUCAUCCACAUGAGACAACAUUACUCCAAGUCCCAUAACAUCCGAGGCUCGUACCCGUGCAGCUCGUGCAAGGCCUCGUUUUUAAGACUGUUUGAGUUGGUGAGGCAUCAACAGAACAAAACUCUGUACCAGUGCGCGACGUGUAAUAAGUGUUACGCGUCGGCGGCGCUGGUAGACAAUCACGAAAAGGUCCACCUGAUGACUGCCAUGCCGCACAUCUGUGAGACGUGUGGACGUAGUUUUCGCUGCCAGUCUCACCUGAAGAUGCACCAGUGCGAGCCAGAGUCGAAGCCCUGCGUGUGCUCCUACUGCGGCAAAGAGUUCAACAAGAUGCGCUGCCUGAAAGCUCAUAUGGUGAGACACACCGGCGGCUUCCCCUGCCCCAUCUGCAGGAAAAAGUUCAACCAAAAGACCUACUUGAAGUGGCACCUGUACAGGCACGAGGGGAAGGAGCCGUACUUGUGCGAGACGUGCGGGAAGGGUUGGCCGACCGAGGCUCAGCUGAAGCUCCACAUGGUGCAGCACUCGGAGGAGCGGCCUUUCAAGUGCGAGGACUGCGGCGCGUGCUUCAAGAGGAGGUCGCACUUGGUGGCGCACCAACAAGCCAGUCACAGUCAGGUGCGGCCCUUUCAGUGUCAGGUGUGCGGCAAAGCUUUUCGACUCAACAACCAGCUCAACAGACACAUGAUGGUUCACACCGGCCUGCGGCCUUUUGCUUGUCAGAGGUGCGGGAAGGCAUUCACGAAAAGGUGCCGUCUGAAGAAGCACAGAGAGAGGCCCUGUCUGUGAAUGCACUAAAGUGUCUGAAUUCACAGUGAUAUCGCGCUUCGUGACUGAUAUUCCUCAUGUGAUUCAUGUAGCAUUAGAGUAAAGCAAUAUACUACUUGAAACAGUUGAUAUUGUCUUUGAAAAUACAAAACAAAAUGUAUUAUUGUGCUUCUCCACUGCUGUUAAUGAUCUUGUAAUAAACUAUCAUCCAUUUUUACUGAAUAUAUCCGAGUGAAACGUGAUAUUUUGAUACCAAAUUUCGAGUCCCAUUUUUGUCAACCGCGAG